GAUCUCCCUGCGCAGGGCUGGCAGCCCCAGUGCCGCUCCGAGCCCGUCCAGCCGCCGGGCGCCUCCAGCGCAGCUCGCCGCCCGGGACCUGGGCAGAGGGGUCCCCUUGCAGCCGGAGAUGCCCUGUAUCCAAAUGCAGCAUGGGACCUUGCCUCAAAGCGGAGGGCCCUGUGAGCGCUACCCGGCAGACUUCCUGACUCCAGAGCUCAGCAAGUUCACGAUGGACCUAGUCAACACCGAGAUCGCAGCCACGACCUCCCUGCCCAGCUUCAACACCUUCAUGGAUAACUACAGUGGGGAGUUCGACACGUUCUUGUACCAGAUCCCAGCCUCCAGCCAACCCGCCUCCUUCAAACUCGAGGACUUCCAGGUGUAUGGCUGCUACCCCGGCUCCUUCAGCAGCCAGCUGGAUGAGACCAUGUCUUCGAGCGGCUCGGACUAUUACGGCAGCCCCUGCUCCAUCCCGUCCCCGUCCACCCCAGGCUUCCAGACCCCACAGGUCCCAGCGUGGGAGAGCUCCUUCGGGCCCUACUCGCCCACUCAGAACUUUGAGGGCAUGAGGCCCUGGGCGGAGCAGCCAAAAAGCAGUUCUUCCCAGCCAGCCUUCUUCUUCGGCCCCUCGGCUUCCAGCCCUGGGGUCCCCCAGAGCCCCCUCAAGGUGCCGCCGGCCGCCGAGGUCUUCGCGCUCUCCCAGAGCUCCCCGGUGGGCUUCUCUGGCCUGUCCCUGGGCCAGACCUCCCCACACCUGGAGAGCCCCGGCUUGAUGGACGGCUCCCUGUCGCCAACCAAGACGCGCAGCCCUGGUGCCAACGAGGGGCGCUGUGCUGUGUGCGGAGACAAUGCCUCCUGCCAGCAUUACGGCGUCCGCACCUGCGAGGGCUGCAAGGGCUUUUUCAAGCGCACGGUGCAGAAGAACGCCAAGUACAUCUGCCUGGCCAACAAAGACUGCCCUGUGGACAAGAGGCGGCGGAACCGGUGCCAGUUCUGUCGUUUCCAGAAGUGCCUCGCCGUGGGCAUGGUCAAAGAAGUGGUCCGAACAGACAGCCUGAAGGGGCGCAGAGGUCGGCUCCCGUCCAAACCCAAGCAGGCCCAGGACACCUCCCCCGUCAGCCUCAUCACGUCGCUCGUCAGGGCACACAUCGAUUCCGUACCCAGCGCCACCAAGCUGGACUAUUCCAAGUUCCAGGAGAGCCUCUCCUACCAGUUCGAGAAGGAGGACUGUGUGGAUGUGCAGCAGUUCUACGACCUGCUCACAGGCUCCAUGGACGUGAUCCGCAAGUGGGCUGAGAAGAUCCAAGGGUUCCAGGAGCUCCCCAAGGAGGAUCAGGACCUGCUCCUGGAAUCUGCGUUCCUGGAGCUCUUUAUUCUCCGGCUGGCCUACAGGUCGAAGCCGGAGGAAGGCAAGCUGAUCUUUUGCAACGGGGUGGUGCUUCACCGCAUGCAGUGUGUGCGAGGCUUCGGGGAGUGGAUCGACUCCAUCCUCGAGUUCUCCCAGAGCCUGCACCGCAUGAGCAUCGACGUCCCCUCCUUCUCCUGCCUCGCGGCUCUCGUCAUCAUCACAGACCGCCACGGGCUGAAGGACCCCAAGAGAGUGGAGGAUCUCCAGAACCAAAUCGUCAGCUGCCUGAAGGAGCACGUGACGUCCGCCGCGAGCGAGCAGGCCCGCCCCAGCUGCCUGUCCAAGCUGCUGGGCAAGCUGCCGGAGCUGCGGACGCUCUGCACGCAAGGCCUGCAGCGCAUCUUCUACCUGAAGCUGGAAGACCUGGUGCCGCCGCCUCCCAUCGUGGACAAAAUCUUUAUGGACACGUUGCCCUUCUGAGGGGGGUGCGGCCCCCCCGGACCCGGAGGCCCCCGCCGCGGGGAGCCCGCUCGCUUUGUGAAAGGGGCGUUUUGACGGACACGUCUCCCCGUGCGCGGAGGGGGAGGGGGGCGAUCGACGGAGCAUUUCCAGAGACCGGGUGGGGGGCGAGCCCCACUGCCACCUGGGAUCGCGGGGACGCGUCGGAAGUGGGCAGAGCCCUCCUCGCCUCCUGGUGGCUGACCCGCACUCGUCCUCCGCGUCCCGCGCUGUGUACCCCACCCAUGGAUCGCGACGUAGCUCUCUGCGGAGAACCCCAAUGUGCCUUUUGGGUGAUGCACUCAGACGCCCAAUAUCCAUGUGCCCACAGCCCCCCACCCAGCCCCGGCUCGCUCCUCACCGCUUGCAACGGCUGGCGCUUCACCACGCUGGGUAGGAGGAGCUGGCCCUGAGACAUGCGCAGGGGUGGGUUUGUUCUGAGUGCCCUGCCCUGCCCUGCCCGCCUGCUGCAUCCUGCAGCCAGGCAGGCAUCGUGCCAGGAGCAGGCUCCUCCGUCCCCAGCUGCCGGAACCAAGCCGUUUCCAGACCCUCCCAGCGGCUUCUUGCCUCACUUGUGCUUUUGCAGCGGUGCCCAGGGAGCGAUGGACACGUGCCGUGGGCGUGGCACACGGGAUGCUUCACGCCUGUCCGCUGCAGAUACGUCUUUGUAAAAAGACAAGCUGUAAAUGGAUGGGGUUUAAACUUUGUAAAUACAGCUAAGAACUGCAGAGGCAGCGAGAGACGAGAAGGGGCGCUGGGAGGGAGACACCUAUUUUGUUCUAUCUGCUGACAACCACGUGGCUUUCUGUGCCUGGGAGGGCUUCCUCUCCCGUUUUGGACUUUUCCUGUAUAUAAACUUGUACGUAAAACAAAAAAUCAACAUUUAUAUUUGUGUAUUUUUUCGGGAUUUACCAUAUGUGACUUUUUUCUGAUUAAUAUAUAUUUAAUAUAUUGAAAUAAAAAACAUCCAGGUAGCCAUA